AUGUUUCAGGUUGGAAUCGAAGACUGCCUUCACAUUGAGUUCGAAUAUAACAAGAGCAGGUACCACCUUCAAGACGUCAUAGUGGGAAAAAUAUACUUUGUGUUGGUUCGUAUAAAAAUCAAGCACAUGGAGAUUACAAUAAUCAAGUCGGAAACAGUCGGUUCCGGUCCUAAUGCUGCUAAGGAAACUGAUCCUGUGGCGAAAUUUGAAAUAAUGGAUGGUGCACCUGUCAGAGGAGAGUCCAUCCCUAUUCGGCUCUUCCUCGCUGGACAUGAUCUUGCUCCUACCAUGCGAGAUGUCAGUAAAAAGUUCUCUGUUAGGUAUCUCUUGAACCUUGUCUUGGUCGACGAAGAAGAUCGGCGGUAUUUCAAACAAACAGGUACUUGA